AAACUCCCUAGAUAUUACGCUGUGGCUGGUUGUAGCGUUGUGUUCGCGAAAAAUGUUUUUUUGCCGCAAAUUCCACUAAAAAAAACGAAAAAUCGGUGAAAAUUCGCUUCAAAUUGAUUAUCGUCCGUUCGGUGACUCAAUCAAUCAGUGAUUUUUGAUUAAAAGUAAGAUGGAGGAGCAGCCCAAAGAACGCGUCCGCUGCUUUUUCGAUGUUUCGAUCGGCGGUUUGCAGUCCGGACGCAUUGUUUUUGAGUUAUUUACUGAUAUUGUGCCGAAAACAUGCGAAAAUUUCAGGUGUUUGUGUACGGGGGAAAAGGGCAUUGGGGUGAAUACGAAGAAAGCGUUGCAUUUCAAGGGGGUGGUUUUCCAUCGAGUCGUCAAGGAUUUUAUCAUCCAGGGAGGGGAUUUUUCCAAUGGGAAUGGGACUGGGGGUGAGAGUGUCUAUGGAGGAACUUUUGAAGAUGAAAAUUUUGAACUGAAACACGACCAACCUCUUCUCCUAUCAAUGGCAAAUCGAGGAAAGGACACAAACGGUUCUCAAUUCUUUAUUACUACACAACCGGCCCCUCAUCUCGACAAUGUACAUGUUGUCUUUGGACGUGUUGUCGGAGGAGUUGAUGUUGUACGUCAGAUUGAAUCACUACCAGUUGAUGCCAACAGUCGGCCACUUCAAGACGCGAAAAUUGUCAAGUGUGGCGAACUUGUAAGACAGGUCAAAGCGAAAAAGGACAAGAAGAAGAAGAAGGAAGAAAACGAAAACGAGGAGGAAUCAUCCGGCGAUGAAAAGAAAAAAAAGAAACACAAAAAAGACAAAAAGAAGGAGAAGAAAGAAAAGAAACACAAAGGAAAAACCGAUUCGGAAGAGGAAGGCGAACUGAAAGAUCUUCACCCUUUGGCCACAGUCACUGAUAUUAACCCUGAUGAUAUCCCGGACGUUCCAUUCAAUAAAUUUCUAAUGAGAGGUCCGCAAGAAAAAGAUAAGGACCGAAAGUUUAACAAAAAAAGAAAAGGUUUUUCUCGAAUUAUUAUUAUUAUUAAAAAUAAUAAUAAUUUUCUUACAGAUGAUUUUAGAAGAGAUCGGAAUCGUCGAGAGUGGGAUAAUCACAGUUUUAACCGAAGAGAUCGCCCCAUUACGACCAAAAGUGGCCGAAUUAUCAAAGGAAGGGGAAAAUUCAGAUACAGAACCCCGUCCCGAAGCCGCUCCCGCAGCGGCACGCCCCUGCAUUGGCGUAAGGAAGAGUCCCGCGUGAUAAAACUCUCCGAAUUCGAAAAACUCGAACAAGAGCGCCGAAAACGUGAAGAACGCCGCAAAAUUGAAGAAACCCAACCCGACGACAAUGAACCAGACCCCACAACCAACGACGACAAAAACAAAGAAGUCGAUUACAACGCCCUCGACUACGAAGACAACCAAUCCGAGGAGGAAGAAACGGUAAAAAAACAAGUCCCAAGCCUCGUCCAGUACCCACUCCCUGGCACUUUCAACCCAAAUAACGAAACCGACCAGAAAAACAACAAAGACGCGAUGAUUAACAACACAAAGAGCGACGUCAUGGCGAUGGCGUUGGGCGUCCAGGUGAAGACCGGCGAAGAGGAGGCGGCGAAAAACGAAACGAAGCAAAACGACGACAAGAAACGAGCACUUCCCGAAGCUGCGAACAAGAAAGAGGAGGUUUUACGGACUGGACGUAAUAAAUUCGAGACGGAAAAGCCCGAUAAUGAAUAUAAAAACGGUAAUUAUCGUGAAGCGAACCGACGGCGGGUUGAAAGACGUCCGUUUGAAGACCGGAGGCCCGUUCGGAGAGGUUUCGUCCGACGGGAUCGCGGGCGCUAUGUUCCCUACCCGUCACGUGACCGGAAAUACCGGAGGUCGCCAAGGUCCAGGUCCAGGCGCUCGCAUAAUAGACACUCCAGGAGUCGCAAAACACCGUCUCCAGAUAAAGAAAAGGCGACGAGAAAUCGCUCGAAAUCGUCCGAGGAUGAGAAAAAAGCAAAAAAACACGAAAGCAACAAUCAGAAGAUUGACGAUGCUGAAGAGAAGUAUAAGAAGUUGUUGAUUUUGCGGAAACAGAUGGAAUUGCUGGAAAUGAAGAAGAAGAAAGAGGUGGAGCAAAAAUUGCUGGAGGAGAAGCAUCGGAAGGCGAAAGAGGAGGCUGAUAUGUUGGAGAAGGCAAAGAAGGCGAAACGUGAGGCGAUUGAGAAGGAGAAGUUGUUGAAGACUUAUAAAGUGUUGCAAGAGUUGGAUAAGAAUAGUUCGAGUAAAGCGAAACGAGAGAGGAGUUAUAGUUCCAGUUCGAGCAGUUAUAGCGACAGUUCAAGCGAUUCUUCGAGGCAGUCGAAGAGACGCCGCAGGUCCCGAUCGCGUUCCCGCAGGAAGGACAAGAGGCGAAGCAGUUCAAGAGGACGAUCGAAACGUCGAGGCUACACUCCAAAAAGGAAAAGAUAAUGUUCUAUCAUCAUUUUUUAAUUUGUCUUUUUUCUUCGAUUAGGAUUAUCAAUUACUGAAAAGGUGUAAACAUUUUUAAUUACACGUGCAGUUGAAAUUAAAGCCCAACUACCAAA